AUGUCUUCUACUGAUCCUUUGCCAAACAUCGCCACUGCAUGUUCUUCCAGGGGGCGCAACACUGUUAUUGGUAUGGCGGUUGGCACGCUAAGUGCCUUUCAAACCAAAAAUGAAUCAUACUGUAUCACAUUUGAACUCAAAGAUUCCGAUUUUGAUCUACACGACUGGGAAAACAGUCUGAAAAUUAAGUACUUCAACAAGAACGAAAGUCAUCUGCCCUGCGUUCUGAAUAAUGAUGUAGUCUUGCUUCGAAACGUUCAAGUCGGUCUCUACCAAGGCAGACCAUGCGGUAUUGUUGGUGAUCGGCAAACCAUCCCCUGGGCCAUCUUCCGACAUGAGGAAGAUCCCACCAAGAGCCCACAUAUCAUCACGGGACCUCAGCCUUUCUCUCCGACAGCAGCGGAAAAAAAGCUUGCGCUUGCGCUCCUAGAAAAGUACACACCAGAGGUGCAAAAUAACACCUGGCGGACCGGUGUGCCACAACAGCCAUCUCAAGUCGCCGCACCUUUCCAAGUCCAAGUAAAGAAGCAAUUUCUGCCAGUGACUUUGAUAAAAGACCUUGUGGUUGAUCAGUUUACCCAAAUAAUUGGUCAGGUGGUGAAAGACAACCACUACGAUAGCGAUAAAAGCUCCAUCUGGAUUACUGACUACACUUCCAAUGAUUCUUUAGUUGAUCAUCAAAGAAAUGGCGACAAUACAGGUGCCGAUGGGGACUCCUUUGGAUACCUAACACGUUACGAUGAUAACUGGCCCGGCCCCUGGGGAAAGUUCACUAUUCAAGUCACGUUAUGGGAGCCUCAUGCUGGUUACUGCCGAAACGACGUCAAGCCAGGUGACUUGGUGCUGCUUUCAUAUGUUCGUCCCAAAAAGAGUACCAACGGCAGCCUUGAAGGAGCUGUCCACCAGGACAAGAAAUUUCCAAAAAAGUUACAUAUUCGCACUAUAUCGAGUGACUAUGACCAACAUGCGAAAGAACUCAUGAAGCGUCGGAAAGAAUACUGGGAGAUCCAUGGAAAACCGAAAACCGAAACGAAACAUAGCAAGAAAAAGCAAAAGAAUGAAGCACCAGCAAAAGAACCAAGGAAAGAAGAGGGUCAGAAGGUACUGUCGUCUGUACGAUCGAGGCGGAAUCAACAUGUCAAGAUCCGCGACUUUGGAAUUCCAACUCGUUCGGUGGAUUCGGUCUUGUCAGCCGCAACCCAUAUAAUAUCUCUCGGGGGCGGAAUUAGCUACAAACUACCCUUUCAAAACGUCGCUUACAAUGUCCUCGUCCGGGUGGUCGACUUCUUUCCCCCAAAUCUGGCAGACUUUGCAGUGGAAGUCCCAACAGAAUCUAUUGUGGAUCAGAGCCGUGAAUACAUGACAUGGGAAUGGCGUUUCUGCUUUUUGGUGGAAGGUGUUGAACCAAUGAUGUCAAAAGACCAACCUCGCGAGCGGAUGAAAAUUUUUGUCUCAGGUGCAGACGCCGUCCAUCUGCUAUGCCUGGAUCCCUCCGAUCUUCGUCAAAACCCAACCAAGCUAGCUGAACUAAGGGAGAAGCUUUGGUGCUUCUGGGGCAACCUCGAGGAGAAGAAGCAGGAAGCAGCUACGAAUGCCUUCCAUGGUCAACCUUGGUCACCUCCAGCUGGAGUUUCAAGCUUGAUUACUCCGUGUUGUAUUAGAGAAUACGGGGUUCCAUGUACCCAUUCCCGAGAUCCAAAUGCCAUGGUCAUUGACGGAGAGCCAUGUAUCCAGAAAGAGUGUUUGGGAUGGGAGAGACGAUUUUCUUUGUAUGGUACAGUGAUUCACGAUUCAUGA